AGAAGUGUAAAUCCACCUGAGGAUCCCAGUUUGAACUCUUCAAGCAUAAUUCUUGUUCACCUAAAAGAUAUUUGGUUUGUCCAUGAUGUAGGCAUGGGCAUGUAGCCUAUAAUUGCGCAGCAUGUUUUCACAAAAAAAAAAAAAAAAAAAAAAACUCGGGUUCUCGUAGCCUAUGAGAAGAAUCUGUUUAAUUUAAGGUGAACAUAUAAAUAAACACAUGGGUGGAUCUUCAUGUGCCUCUCUAUUGAUGAUCGUUCCCUGGGUGUCCGGUAGUAGACAUCGGUCUCGUGGCUCUACUGAAAUAGUUCGAGACCCAGCAGGGUUUUUAUUAAUUCCGCUGCAAUGUUUGUCUCAACUCUUUUUGUGACGGCCCACGUGUGCGAAUCUAAAAACGAGAUUAUACAAACAUGCACGUGCUACUCCGCGACCCUCGCGUGUUGCGUCCGAGAGCAACGGUAUAAUUGAGAGGGUGUAUUUUCACUUUGUUACUCGGGUAUGGUUUGCAGUUUAGCGCACCGUUGCGAUCCCCUUUCCCCUUGAGCGGCUGGAUUCUCGCGGUGCAUGCUGGGACCUGCAGUCCUCGCUCCUCCCUUCUCAGGGCGUACGCGGUCAGGGCGUGGAUGUCGGAGCACUACAAGUCCCACACGAGCUCGGCUCCAUCUGCCCCUCUCUCUCUCCCACCAGACCAGAGACAGAGAGAUACGGUACGAACCCCACCGGACUUUCAGAACCGAAAAUCGUCGAGAUUAGUGAACUGCGAGAGACAAGAACGGAAGACCGGAUUAAAGCCCUUAUCUUGAUGCGCAAACAUCUUCCAAAUGUCGGUCAAACGGAACUGCAAACUACCCAGAGGAGAAUCCCAUAAAGAGUCACUUGUCCACACACACUGAGUAAUGUGUUGAGAAAACGCCUAUGCAGGUGGAUCCCUCACCAAUGAAUGUAGGGGAUGGAGGGACGGUGAGCAGAGAGAGCAGUGCCCUUACCCACGUGUCUGAGAGCAUGGUGGGAAAUCCACAGCAGACACUGCCUCUUGAACUUAGAGGUGACAUACCUCAAAGUCAGCAGAACAAGUUGAGGGCGACCACAGACUGUAAAACACCUGACGUCUGCUCAGAAUCCAGCAAUUCAAAUCAUUGUCCCCAAGUUCAACCCCACAGCAAUGUGUUUAGCACUGAUCCCGUGAGCACACCCUUGCCUGAUCGGACUGAGGUUUCCAAAGGCAAGGUUGACAGUGCUGGCAUCUACUCAACUCAUCUGUGGCCUUGUGGUAAAAAGGUCACCGCAGAGGACCCUGGGAACUCUGUUCAUAGUAUAAACCUAAACAAGAAGACUAACGCACCAGCACCCACCCAGCCUGUGAUAAGCGUUCCUUUAGGUUUCCAGUGCUCCACGCUGUUUAAACCCGGCCAGCCUGUUGCUUUCCUUCCCCCUUCCAAUUUUUCUUCUCCUCUCUGUAAGAUCACACUGCCACCAGGGUUAGGUCAGAUUGCAGCACUGCGAGAAGCCACUGCUAGCCAGUUUCAAAAGGUUGACUGCCCAGCGCAAAGCUCUUGUUCGAGCACUACACCUAUGCUUAAAACAUACCCGUAUCACUUUUCGGUUGGGAGAGGACCUGGCGCUGAGAAGAAACCUCAGUCUUCAGGAUCCAAAGUCAGGUGUGACUCUUUGUCCAAGGGCUUUCAAGGUGGAUCUGAGCAUAAAGCCACAAUGUCUUCUGUAGCAGCCCCAGCUUUAGCCCUUCCAGUACAGCAAGCCACACAGGGCUCGGCUCCACAAACCCAUUAUACCAUUUCUCCCACUGCUGCCAUCUGCUGCAGCCCAGCUCUGGCAAAUAUCACCACUCAAAGUCGGCUGCUUAGCCUUGUAGAAAAAGGUUCGACGUACCGAGGUGCUGAAAAGACCUCUUUAGCGUAUCUGAAACCAAAAACACUGUCCACUCCAGAGGAGCAUAAUGUUUCCUGCCCCGUUGAGUCAAGGGAUGUCCCCCUUGAUUUGUCUGCAAAGUCAAAGCGACAAAAAAACAUUAAAGAGACCCAGAACCACCCAUCAUUGGCCACGGAACAGCAUUCUGCUGACUCUCAUCAGAAAAACGUUGCUGGUUCUAAAAAAAUGAAUUCUGCUUCUUUUGGGUCAUCCAGUACAUAUGACACCCAUAGAAAUGGUGCUACACAAAAAUCAUCUUCAAAACAAACUAAUCACCAUGCUUUGGAACCCAACGCAUCCUGGGCCAAAGGCUCAUCUCCUGGUUCCUUAAAUAAUCUCCCUGGCACAUAUGUUGGAGUGGCAAGCCCCAUUCUAGCAUCUACUUUACGAAGCAAAGAUGGAAAAAGUGCUGCUUUUGUUGAAGAUUUUCAGACAUUUGCCAAACAGGAAACCAUCUCCAUCAUUGACCAAGGAGAACAGCCGGUUUGUAGAGAGAGGAAAGCACCAUUUGCUGUUAAUAAGGAUAAGCUUAAUAAGGGAGGCAAGCUCUUGACAGGAACUCAUCAAGGUUUUUUAUCUACCCAAUUAUCUACUACAGUAAAUUCACAGGCCCACCGGAAGUCUGUUGGUGGAAAAGAAGGGACCCUUUUUACACCUCCAGUUAAAUCCUUGUGGCAACCACCUUGUGUUCUUUCCCAAGGAUCAUCUCUGCAGAAUAGGCCAAGUCAGACCCAGGCCCCAAAGACUAAGAGCACCCUUGGUUGUGAGAGAGCCCUGUUCCAUAACUCCCAUUUAAGCCCAAUUAAAGUAGAGGAUGAAAAGUGGGAGAAGGCCAAAUCCCCCCUGUCCAACCUGGAGUCGAUAGUGAAGCAGAAAACUCUUGAGACCACUGCACUUACUGGUGAAAACUACUGUAAUCUGUCUUAUGUGGGAUCUAAGAGGCCUGAGGUAGCCAACAUGCAGAACAGGUGUCAGGACUCCACGUUGCAGCAGACUCUUACAACUGGUUCUCCAUUUAGGGCCAUAGAAGUACAGGUCAACAGUUCAGACAAAACUUCUCCACAAACAGAUGCUACAGCAGCUCUGAGCAGACCAGAGAUCACAACCGCUCCUGUGACCAAGGAUAAGGGACGAGAAAAAAAGGCAAAAGAGACAGAAAAUCUAGUGUCUGAUGGUAGACAAAAAAAGAAAUCUACUACCCCUAGUAAAAGGACUGCUCCCAGUUUUAAAAAGAAAUUGUCUCAACAGUUAGAGGACGAGAUGACAAAAGAGGAGAAAGGAUCAGAGAGGAAGGCUUCUUCUCAUGUUAAGGUAGAAGGAAAAGCCUUUUCCUUCCUUGAGAACCAGACUGUAGAAGCAGAAGGAGAGGCAAAAAUGAAUGGAGCCAAAGAGGAGAUACCUUCCAAAGGCAAAGUAUCCACCACCAAACAGAAGAAGCUGAAAAAGCCUGCCAAGGAAAAGACACCUUCUGAAGCUCAAAAAAAGACUAUUACAGUAACUAAAAAGCAAAAAGAUAAAGACAGACCAUCAGUCAAGCAAGGUCUCUACCAUAAAAAGAAGAAAGAUGCAUUGCCUGGAGUGGGGAAAAAUGUGCUGAAAGAUGGAAUAGGCGCAGCCCCCAAAGUAGGGGGAAAGACUCGCAAAGGGAAAAUCUGUCCAACUAAUAUGGAACACACGGACCCAAACAAAAUAGGGUUUAUCACCGAUUCAGAGAGCAGUCCAUGCAGAAGUCCUCAGGUUGACAGAGAUUCGGGCUCUUUCAGCAGUCCGGCCUGGCCUAGUAAGGAAUCAGACUCCCAGGAGGAGGCCUCUCCACGGCUGAGGCGAGGGCGCAGACGGACUGAUGAAGCGUUGCUCCGAGACUGGAGCUUCGCUACUCCACCUACACCUCCCCCUCUCGAUCCCCCCUCUACACCACCCCCUACCCCACCACCCACAGUACCCGUCCGCCGGCCGCGCGGCAGGCCUCGAAUCAAUCCUCUGCCUGAGGAGGUGGAUGCGGACAAGGACAGGCCCACUGAGGGUGGAGACUCCUCUUCAAUAAAGAAAAGGAAACGCUGCAAGAAUCGUAAAUAUCAGAACGGGGAAUACAUCACAGAGAAGGAUAAGGUGGCAGAUGGAGAGGAGGAGAAGCUGGGCGUGGAAGAUGAUGAGAAGAUGGGUGUGUACCCUUGUCUCAGUGCCACGCUGACCAGCGAAGUGCCCAGUCCAGACAUCAGCCCUAAGCGGACCCAAUUCACACGUUCUGGCUUGGCACGACCUCAAGAGUGUCCUCCCGCCACACAUCCUAAUGACAAACCCUCAGGGAAGAGGAAGUUCAAAAGUAAACACUUAUGUGACACAGACGAGCAGAAAAAGCUCAAGACUAAGAAAGGCAGCUUGGGCAAACGCACAGGGCCCCUCAUGCCAGACGAGGACAGUCCAGCCGCCAAGAAAACCUCAACUCUUUCUUAUGCUACUUCCAAGCAGUCAAACUCUCCACUGUCUGGUAAAAAAGGAAUAGCUGGGAAAACAGGAAUCCCUGAAACUACUCCAAGCCGUCCAGUGCCUCCAGAAGUCCGUCGAUUGAUUGUGAAUAAGAAUGCAGGAGAGACGCUGUUGCAGAGAGCUGCUAGAUUAGGUUACCAGGAUGUGGUUUUAUAUUGCUUGGAAAAGGAUGUGCGAGAGGUGAACCGUCGUGACAAUGCGGGAUACACGGCACUGCAUGAGGCCUGUGCACGUGGCUGGACGCACAUUGUACAGGUGCUGCUGAAGCACGGCGCAGAUGUUAACUGCAGCGCACAGGAUGGAACGCGCCCAAUUCAUGAUGCUGUAGCAGCUGACAAUCUGGCAGCAGUCUGGAUGCUGUUAAAUCAUGGAGCAGAUCCCACACUGGCAACGUACUCUGGUCAGACCGCAGUUAAACUAGCCCAGAGUCCCGGGAUGAAAACGUUCCUCAAAGAGUACUUCUCCGAUUUAGAGGGACGGGCAGACCAAGAUCCCAGUCUACAUUGGGAUUUCUACAGUAGCUCUGUAUUUGAGACAGAAAAGGAACCUUGCUGGGACUUCCUGUUGUCUCAGCGUGAGGAAGAAGGCGGGGACAGCUUGAGCGAGCAGGUGAAGGAGAGAGAUGCCGACUCUGACUGUCUUCUGUUUGAGUUUUCCUCUGAGCCCCUCCUGCCCUGCUACCAUGUCCAAGUAUCACUAACGCAGGGUUUUUGUAACUGGUUCUUGCUGGCAGACGUGCUGAAGCGCCUAAAGAUGUCGGCACGCAUUUUCCGGGCUCGAUACCCUCAGUUCGAGGUGGCCAGCAUCGCUCAGGCAGAGCUGUGGAAGCAGAUCUCCGUCAGUCAAACGUGCGCCGCUUCGGACGAGCUCCGGCCGGGCGACGAUGAAGACGGAGAGGAGACCGUGGAGCUGGUGCGCUGCGUGCCAGAGUUACAGGGGCAGCUAGGCUCCACCAUACAGAUCCUUCAAGAAGAUGAGGACGACAAUUCAGAGGUCAACACCAGACCCUGCAGUCGAUAGCGACUCCUGCCCUACAGCGAGGUGCCGUCCGCAGUCGUGCUAGGUCCAUUGCAACCGAUGGCCUGUUACCAGUACCAGCACUUUGUAUGUUCAGAAUCAGCCAGAAAGGUCCUAUUUCCUCACAGACGCCCUGAGCAAUGAAAGGGGCCCUAGGGAGCGACUUUUCCAUGCCCUCACCCCAGGGGGAAAGGCUGGGGGCGGACUCCACUGGGAAGCAGCUUUCAGGUUCCUUCUGUAGGGUUUUGUUUUUUCAGUAUUCAAUUUGUUUUUCGUUUUUUUUUUUUUUUAAAUAAACCUAUAUGUAUAAGUAAAUAUAUAUGUAUAUCUUGACAUCAGGGUGAACGCAACUGGUUGUAACUUAUCAUUAACAUGUUUUUAUGUUCACUCAUUAUUGACUGUCCUUUAGAAGGAGUGGUAAUCCAAGUCUUUUUUUUAUCUUGGUAAAAUACAUGUGUGUAGCUAAGAGGCUUACGUCUAGCUAACAGUGGCAGGAAUGCCUUUGGGCCAGAUGGUUCCUGUGUAAACCAUCAAGCCUCUCUCGGCUCCCAGAAGCCCCCUAACCUACAGCAUAUGUUCCAUAUCCCUGGCCCUCUUUACCUAAGCACCACUGCAGCUCUGCCAGGAUCAUUACACCUUCUCUUUGUUUCGUUUGUUCCUGUGACAUCUGACGUCGCUUCGUUUUUGCUUUGGAAAUCGGCAGGUCAAUGAGCUGUUGGUUUUAUCCGCUGGUUUAAUUAUUUUAAGAUAUCAGCAGAAUCAGCCGAUAUCAACCUUGACCGUUAAGUGGUAAACAAAACAAAAAAAAGAGCCAGUGGAGUGUUUUUUUUUUAAAGAUUUUUCUAGAGCUGUUUUUCUAGAUUCCGUCUUGAACUGCUUUCCAGUGCUUCUGGAAGGGGUCCUCUCCAAGGUUUUCCUGGUGUACCAGAUUCCAGCGUGCUUUGUGGCGCGUGGUGUGUUUUAUUUUCACUGAUUGUUGUUUGUGCUUAAUUUAAUAGUCAUUAAUAUAUUUGACCUUUUUUGUGUGUAUCAAACAAAUGAUAUAUGAAAAUUGCUUUGUAUGGUUGGUGCUUUAUUUGACAGUGUACAAAUAAUGAUCCCUUUAUCCUGAGGUUGUUUUGUUUUCCCACACUGCAAACAGUAUUUUAACAGGCUAAAGUACAGUUUUAUUGUACUGGUGCUAAGCUAGAUUUUGUGUUGACAAUCAAUGAAGUUUUGUUUGAACUGAAACCAAUAAAUAUUUAAAUGAA